GGCCGGAUUUCAACUCAGGUCCUCCUGAAUCCAAGGUCGUGUUCUGCUUCCAGAUCAGCCUGACCUUCUACAGGCCUGUCUAGUGCCCUCCGGAAGAGUCCUCAAUUUCUUGGGAGCCGCCACGGAUAAGGGAGAACUGUAGGGCAGCUUUGGGAUUUUUCUUUCCUUUCUUACUAGCGAGCAAUUUACUUUUCAAAUUCCUAAAGGGUCUCUGAAUAAUUAGGUGGUCCCUUUUACUAGGGUAUAUGCACCGGGAUGGGGUGGGGGGCAGGAAGCUCUUCCGUAAACUUAGCACCUUGGUUUUAGUUCUUUUUAAUCUGGAGGAGGAGAGUGGCUUAGUUCCAGGAUGGUGGGAGGGAAGAGGAGGAGGUUGCAGUUGCUCCCGAAAUCUGUUGCGGUGGGAGGAAAGGGACAAGGAAGCUCUUCUCCGCUUUCUUCCUUCCCUUCCUUUUCCUCCCCGCCUUCUCCCGUCCUCGCCCCUCCCUGAAAGGGCAAUCUCUUCUCCGUGCAUUUCUGGGCUCUCCUCCCAUCGUCUCUGCCUUCAUCACAGGUUCUGGCUGCAGCCGAAGAAGGAGUUUUUGUUGCCACCCACACCCGUCAACACCCCCAACCUCCACCUCCACCUCCACCCCUAUCACCCAUCUUUUCUCCUCUUCCUUUCUCUUUAUCAUCAUCAUCAUCACCAUCAUCGUGUUCGUUCUCUCUCUCUCUCUCUCUCUCUCUCUCUCUCUCUCUCUCUCUCUCUCUCUCUCUCUCUCUCUCACCCUAGUAGAGCAAAUCCCUGUUUAAAUCUGACCCCUCCCUCUUUUUUUUCCCUUUGCCACUCUCUAUGGGGGAAUGAUGUACACAUCGGAGAGUCCAAUUUGUUCAAAGGUCUGACGGAUUUAUGCAUUUUAUUUUUAAGGAACUGCCCUCCUCGAUUUAAAAAAAUAAUAACAUUAAGGAACAAAGGGAGAGGCAGACGUUUAUUUAUUUUUAUUCUAAGAAGGUGUUUUUUGUGGGUGGUGGGUUUUUUUAGGGGGGGGGGUUGUUUGGUUUUUGUUUGGUUUGUUUGUUUUUAAGAGGAAGAUGAACUGAAAAGACCCGCACCAUGGAGUCUCCAGUCUUAGUGACCACGUUCUGUUUAAUCUUCUGUCUCCGAGCAGUUUGGGGAAUUGGAGUAGACCCCUCCUUGAAAAUCGACUUCUUGACCGAUUUAGACCUGGGAGAGUCCACAGCAGGAGUGCUCCAGGUCCCUGGGCUGCAUAAUGGAAGUAAAGCCUUUCUUUUUCAAGAUACUUCAAGGAGUGUAAAAGCAUCCAUUGCUACUGCUGAACAAUUUUUUCAGAAGUUACAAAAUAAGCAUGAGUUCACAGUUCUGGUGACCUUAAAACAAAUUCAAUUAAAUUCAGGUGUUAUACUAUCUAUUCAUCACUUAGAUAAAAGAUACCUGGAACUGGAAAGCAGUGGUCAUCGAAAUGAAAUCAGGUUGCAUUACCAUUCAGGCAGUAAGCAAACUCAGACAGAAGUGUUUCCUUACAAUUUGGCUGAUGAUCAGUGGCACAGACUCUCCUUAGCCAUUAGUGCGUCACAUUUGAUUUUACAUGUGGAUUGUAAUAAAAUUUAUGAAAGAGUGGUAGAAAAACCAUGCAUGGAUUUGCCCUUAGGGACAACAUUUUGGCUAGGACAAAGGAAUAAUGCACAUGGUUACUUUAAGGGAAUAAUGCAAGAUGUGCAAUUACUUGUUAUGCCCCAGGGAUUUAUUACUCAGUGUCCAGAUCUUAAUCGCACAUGUCCAACUUGUAAUGACUUCCAUGGGCUUGUGCAGAAAAUAAUGGAGCUGCAAGAUAUUUUGGCCAAAACAUCAGCUAAGCUAUCCCAUGCUGAGCAGCGGAUGAAUAAAUUGGAUCACUGUUAUUGUGAAAAGACCUGCACUAUGAAGGGUACUACCUACCAAGAAUCUGAAACCUGGAUAGAUGGCUGUAAGAACUGCACAUGCAUGAAUGGCACCAUCCAGUGUGAAGCACUGGCCUGUUCAUUUCCUGAUUGUCCAUCUAAGUCGGCUCUUGCAUAUGUGGAUGGCAAAUGCUGUAAGGAAUGCAAAUCCAUAUGCCAUUUUCAAGGAAGAACCUAUUUUGAAGGAGAGAAAAAAACAAUAUAUUCCUCUUCUGGAGUUUGUGUUCUCUAUGAGUGCAAGGACAAAACAAUGAAGUUUGUUGAGAAUUCAGCCUGCCAGCCCUUGAAUUGUCCAGAUUCCCAUCAUAUUACUUUACCUCAUAGCUGCUGCAAAGUUUGCAAAGGUCAUGAUUUUUGUUCUGUGAGACACAACUGCGUGGAGAAUUCAGUCUGCCAGAAUCUAAAUGACAGAGCAGUAUGUAUUUGUCAAGAUGGUUUUCGGGCCCUUCGAGAGGACAAUGCUUACUGUGAAGACAUUGAUGAAUGUGCUGAAGGACACCAUUAUUGCCAGGAGAACACCAUGUGUGUCAACACACCAGGUUCCUUCAUGUGCAUCUGCAAAGCAGGAUACCUAAGAAUUGAUGACUAUUCAUGUACAGAGCAUGAUGAAUGUAUCACAAAUCAACACAACUGUGACAAAAAUGCAGUAUGCUUCAACACUGUUGGAGGGCACAAUUGUGUAUGUAACCCUGGCUAUACAGGAAAUGGAACCACAUGUAAAGCAUUUUGCAAAAAUGGCUGUAGGAAUGGAGGAACCUGUAUUGCUUCCAAUGUAUGUGCCUGUCCACCAGGUUUCACAGGACCUAGCUGUGAAACAGACAUUGAUGAAUGCUCAGAUGGCUUUGUACAAUGUGACAACCGUGCUAACUGCAUUAACCUGCCUGGUUGGUAUCACUGUGAGUGCAGAGAUGGCUACCAUGACAAUGGGAUGUUUUCAUCAAAUGGAGAGUCAUGUGAAGAUAUUGAUGAAUGUAGUACUGGGCGACACAGCUGUGCCAAUGAUACCAUUUGCCUUAACCUGGAUGGCAGUUAUGAUUGCCGGUGUCCUCAUGGAAAAAACUGCACAGGGGAUUGUAUCCACAAUGAAAAAGUUAAACACAAUGGACAGAUUUGGGUGUUAGAAAAUGACCGAUGUUCUGUGUGCUCAUGUCAGAAUGGAUUUGUCAUGUGUCGUCGAAUGGUCUGUGACUGUGAAAAUCCCACUGUUGAUCUCUUUUGCUGCCCAGAAUGUGACCUCAGGGUUACCAGUCAAUGUCUCCAUCAGAAUGGGGAAAUUUUAUACAAUAGUGGAGACACUUGGGUGCAGAAUUGCCAACAGUGCCGAUGUUUGCAAGGGGAAGUUGAUUGCUGGCCUCUGCCUUGCCCCGAGUUAGAGUGUGAAUUCAGCAUGCUCCCAGAGAAUGAAUGCUGUCCGCUCUGUGUCACUGACCCUUGCCAGGCUGACACCAUACGCAAUAACAUUAUGAAGACUUGCUUGGAUGAAAUGCAUGUGGUUCGUUUCACUGGAUCUUCUUGGAUUAAAUAUGGUACUGAGUGCACCCUCUGCCAAUGCAAGAAUGGUCAUGUCUGUUGUACAGUGGAUCUACAGUGCCUUCAAGAACUAUGAAGUUAACAUCUUUCUCUGACAAGACUUUCUGGUUAAAGACUUUUACUUUACUAAAAAAAGUCCAAAAACUCAUAGUUAAAACCAAAAUUGGACCAGUUGCAUGUGGUCAACAUGCAGAUCUAUUUUGAGCUUUUAAUUAUAGAAUUUAUCUAGCCUGGGGAAACCACAGAAGGAACAAUCAGUAAAUUAAGUCACAAUGCACUUCUGGCUAUUUUGUUUCUUACCUGAUUAUAUGGGAAUGAGUAUGGAAUACAUGGUGAUGUCAAAACCACUGGAAACAGGCACUGAUUCUGUUUGAUAUUUGCAGGCAACUUUCUUCAUUUGAUGCAGAUUAUAGUUUAUGUUAUCUUUGCAUAUUGCUUGGGGUUCUCACUGUAACUUUUUUAGUCAAUGAAUGGAAAACAUUUUUAUAAGCUAGAUAAAGAACCUAUGAUGUUUAAUGUACUCAGAACAAAAACCUGAAACAAGAUAUAGAAAAAAUAUAUAGGCAUGGAUGCUUAAUGUUUUCUGAUGGGAACAUCAUCUCUAUUUCCUUUUUUGUGUGUGUGCACUUAAUAGUACUUAAUUAAAUUCUUGUGCAAAAUUCAAAUAAAUUUCUCUUACAUUCUGAUAUUUGUGACUUUUUCAGUCCUCCUUCCCUUUAAAAGUGAUUAUAGCCUUUCUUCUAAUUUCAUUCAUACUUUUCUCACAAAUAGAUCAAUCCUCAUUUGUGUUUUCCCAUCAGGCUCCUUGGGGUAUUUUUCCCUUGAAAGGAGACCAUGUUAAAAAAAAAAAAAAAAAAAGGAGACCAUGUAACAAAUGAUGGGAAAUGGCAGGAGUUUUAUGUCAUAUGUCAGUUAAAAUCCCUAGAGAAUGUCUUCAGGACUUGUCUCUUCUAGUUUUAAAACUGUAUGAUCCCACUUAUCUAAGGUGAUAAGAGAAAGCCAUAAUUCGUUACAAAAAACAAGCCUUGCAGGAAUGAUACAACUCUUGACUUGGUCCCCUAGUAACUGCUGAAGAACCUUUCCCUCAAAGUGAAAGUCCAACCUUCAACUUUUCUCCUUUGGACUUGUCUCCUAUUAUAAAGACUUUUUUAUCCUUCGACUUCCAGCAAGUUAGGAAGGAGGGAAUUUCUCUGCCCCAGCAGCACUGAUAGCUUACAGCAAAAUCACAUGAAAGCACGAAAUGGACCUUGAGCCACAGGCUUCCUCUUCUUGCCUUUCCCUGAAUAAAGUUUAGCAACCAGCAAUUCUAAGAAAUGGACCUUUCUAGCAUUGGUGGUUGGUUACCUCAUGGAUCAAGAAUUAAAGAAUUUAAGAUUUAGGGAUCUAAAUUUAAGUUUUUGGAACAAAAUGAUUCUCAAGGGACAAAAUGAUUACUGCUAGGAUCAUCCUGUAGCUGAGAAGGACUAAAAGCAGCAGUGUCUGUCUUUGCCAGGAGAGCUGGACCUUAUGAGUUAGCCAGAUGGUGCAAGUCUAAAUGAAUGCAAAAUACCAACCCAGCUGUCUUAGAGAUGGUCUUUAUUUUGGGGGGAGGAGUAUAAUGAGGCUAUUUAAGAUUAAUUAUUAUUUCUAUAUCUGUUGAUACUAAGUUAUUUGUGUUUUAUGCAUUUUUCUGGUGGAGGAAAUAAACCACUAACUUGAUACUCA